UUGUCAGAUUAUUUAGCGUCUAGCAAUAGCUAUUAAGUAUCUAAGCUAAUGUGUGUUUAGCUACUGUACAGUAGCUACCUAAUGCAUGCCGCAUUGAUAUAGCCAGAUCCUCUGCUAUGUUAACUGCAAUGUCUAACUAACGUUACUGUCAACAUGCCUGUUGUGCUGUUCCUAGCUUCAAAGUUGUGGGCGUGUAGUUAGCUAGUUUAUCUGCCUGCCGUCUUGUUAUGAUGCCUGCACGCAGCAAUGUUGCUGCUAGUGGUGGGGUAUCUAGUAACAAAGUCAAGUACUCAAGACUAACUGGCGAUGAGGAUGGCUAUAUUGAUUUACAGUUCAAGAAAAGUCCACCAAAAGUUCCAUACAAGGCUAUUGGCCUGGCUGCAUUCCUCUUCUUGAUUGGCUCCUUACUGAUUGUAAUUGGAGCCCUUCUUCUAGCAGGAUCUAUAGAAGUUGCGCACCCGGACCGUACAGUUCCAGUUCUCAUUAUUGGAAUCCUUGUCUUCCUUCCUGGCUUCUACCAUUUACGAAUCGCCUACUACGCUUCCAAGGGUUACCGAGGAUACUCCUAUGAUGACAUUCCUGAUUUUGAUGACUGAAACAAGCCUAAGUGAAUAUGGUUCUGUUGCUAGCCUGUCAGGGUCUUUUCUAACCUUUAUGGGCCCUCUGAGCUGCAUGAGAUUGUUUACCUCAGGUUUCUCUUGGAAUGAGAAACAGCAUCACCAAGUGGCUUAACAUUACUCUCUAUUGCUUAUAUUACACAUUUUCAAUUUAACUUGUGUUGAUGGAUUUACAUUUUAGACUAUUAUUGAUAUAGUAUUGUGGUAUUGAUUAUGUGAUAGUAUUUUAGACAUGCAAGUAAUAUUUUUUCAUGAAUCUGUAAUGCUCUUCAAAAUUUGUUUCUGAUUGAUGUUAAAUAUUUAGAAUAGUAAUACAAUACAGAACAAUACACUGGCAUGGCUUGUGUACACUUAUGUCUUGGUAUAUAUGUGCUUUUGUACCUUGAAAUAUAAAUACAAUUAUGAAGUGUAAUUUUCUUUAAAUAGGAAAUUAUUUUUCAUUGUUUCAAUGUCAUUUGUUUUCCUGGUUUGAAUCAGAAAGUCGCUCGUAAGCAUGUCUGCUAUAACUUUGCUGUCAUUGCCCAAAUGUUUUGGUGAAUCAUUUUUACUGAGACUGUUAGUUGUAGAAGUGCGCUCUCUAGUGGUUUCAAUUAAAACAACAGUUUUUUAACUAUACAAUGACUUGAUGAAAUG